GACCUCCUAUGCUCGUCUACUUUAAACCCUUGCUCAUGUCUGCAACGCGCACUCUUGUCUCUAGGACUCUCGCUUCCUCAUCUCGUCGUCUGCCGUCUCAUUGUGCACCGGUUAUACGUGCAAGUUUGUCUGCUUUGUCUCGUACCUGUCCCACGAGCAUAUCUCGCGGUCUACAACUUCGUCCAAUGUCUUCUUCAUCGUCCUCGUCUUGGGCCACUCAGACUUCAUCAAAUCCCUUUACAAAUAUCAUCCCAAGCUCGCCUUCUGAGGGCGUUGCACUCAUCACACUCAACCGACCCAAGGCUCUCAACGCACUCAACGGCGCGCUCAUCUCGGAGCUCAACAACGCGCUGGAAAGUAUUGAGCAAGAUGAUAGUGUAAAAGCUGUCGUAAUUACCGGGAGCGAAAGGGCAUUCGCGGCUGGUGCGGACAUUAAAGAAAUGAAGGACCGGGAAUACCAUGACGUGAGCAGAGAUGAUUUCCUUGCAAAUUGGCAUCGCCUCGCAGAUCUGCGCAAACCGACGAUAGCCGCAGUCAGCGGUUACGCCCUCGGUGGCGGAUGCGAACUCGCGAUGAUGUGCGACAUCAUCCUCGCCUCACCCACUGCUGUCUUCGGCCAACCUGAGAUCGACCUCGGGAUCAUCCCCGGCGCAGGCGGUACCCAACGACUUACGCGUCUCAUCGGCCAAUCACGCGCAAUGGAGAUCAUCCUCACCGGUCGCAAAAUCGAUGCAUCCGAAGCAGAAAAAUGGGGACUUGUCACACGAAUUGUUCCAGAGGGUAAAAACGUCGUUGAUGAGGCUGUUGAAGUUGCCAGUGCGAUUUCGCAGAAGGGUGCAAUUGCAGUGAGGGCUGCGAAGGAGUGUGUAAGGAAGGCUAGUGAGUUGGGUGUGCGAGAAGGAUUGGUGUUCGAGAGGAGGGCUUUCCAUGCAUUGUUUGCGACGAAGGAUCAGAAGGAGGGUAUGAGUGCGUUCGUGGAAAAGAGGAAGCCGAAAUUCUCGAAUUUGUGAGAACUAUUUGUGAGAGAAUGUGCGCUGGUUAUGAGUUCACUAUGCUACUCUGGCUCUUGUUACCGAAUUGAAAUCCUCCGAGUCUAAAAUUGUUCCAUCUGAUCCAACUCAUACCCAAGAAACACACCCCAACGCCCGCCGUAACUCGCCUCGCAAAAGGUGAGCCGGGUUGAUGAGGACGUGAUUGGUUGAGUGCGUAGAGGCCCACACUUGCUAAGGCACCAGUUCCGAUGACCUUGCAUGAGAGGCAGUCCUGGUAUUGUCCUUGAGCCGGAGAUUGGGCCUGCCCUUGAUGCGGAUGCUGUA